UUCCUCUGAACCCCCGGCCCUGCCAGAGACCAGGUUCCGGCCCCACCUGCCAGGCCCGGGGUCGGCCGCCCGCCCCGCCCCCGCCGCGGCCAGCUUCUAUACCCGGCCCCGCACCCCGCGCUCGCUGUCACCGGGGGCCCGUCGCUCGCGGCUCCUCCGUGCGGCCCGUUUCCGGUGGGGCAAGGGCGUCUCCGCGGCGGCCCGGCUCCCGCGCGCUCAGCACCGCCGUCGGUGGCCAGAUGCAGGCGGAGCGAGGAGCUCGGGGCGGCCGAGGACGCCGACCCGGCCGCGGCUGGCCUAGCGGGGAUGGCGACCACGAGCGGGCGGGCGCCCCGGCGGCGGUGGCGAGAGGCGGCGGCGGGGAUAGAGGCGGCGGCGGCGGGGAUAGAGGCGGCCGCCGGGGCCGCGGCAGGGCCUUCCGGGGCAGCCGCGGAGGCCGAGGAGGAAGAGGUCCGCGAGGCGGCCACCGAGAGGCAGGAGGCCGGGGCGCCGGGCCCAGUGCGCUGGUCGAAGAUGACAGUGAUGCAGAGACCUAUGGAGAAGAGAAUGAAGAACAGGGAAAUUAUUCUAAAAGGAAGAUAGUUUCUAACUGGGAUCGAUAUCAAGAUACUGAAAAAGAGGUCGAUAAUGAAAGUGGAGAAUCACAGAGGGGGACAGAUUUCAGUGUUCUCCUCAGCUCUGCAGGGGACUCCUUCUCACAGUUCCGGUUUGCCGAGGAGAAAGAGUGGGAUAGUGAAGCUUCGUGCCCCAAACAGAAUUCAGCAUUUUAUGUGGAUUGUGAGUCAUUGGUUCGAGCCCUUCAAGAACUGCCUCUCUCACUCCGACUCAAUGUUGCUGCUGAAUUGGUCCAGACUGCCCUUCCUGUAGAGCUUCCUCAGGUGAAACCAAAGAGAAAUAAUGAUGGCAGGGGACUAGGGAUGCAGUUAAAGGGGCCCUUGGGGCCUGGAGGAAAGGGGUCCAUCCCUGAGCUGAAAUCUGCUGCCGCUGGCUGCCCCAUGUACCUGGGUAAAGACAGCCUAGGACCGGGCCCUUCCAAGGGUUCUCAGAACCCCACUUCCCCACUGCAGUCGGCAGCAGACGAUUUGGAAGAAGAACUAGAUCUGCUGCUUAAUUUAGAUGCGUCUGUAAAAGAGAGAGGUGACAUCUUAGCAGACCAGACAGCUCAGGACCUGGAAUCUGAGAAAGAUGAGGAGGUGGCCCAAGAAGAAACAGAUCCUGCAAAACCGUCUGCAUUGGAAGAAAAGAACGUGGCAUCUGAGCAACCAAGUAUAUCCAGAAAUGUUACUGAGGAAGAGCUUGAAGAUUGGUUGGACAGCAUGAUUUCCUAAACACGAUGAAAGAAAAAAAAAAAAGAGAGAGAAAGAAAAUGAAAAGUGCCUGAAGCCAAUUUUGGUUGCCUUGUAAGGGAAGGCAGGCCCAAUGCUGUCCUUCCAGAACAGCUGGUUUACAAGCACAGCCCGAGCCCGUGUGGCUGUCACGCUUAGCAGUAGACGCCUACCUCCCCCAUGUUCAACAAAUCCGAAAUGAAACAGUAAGAGGCUCGCUGCAUUUGUUCUCUGGCGUAGUAAUUGAAUAGAUUUCUUAAGGGCAGGAGAUGUUACGGCCCUUGUGUCCAGUUUCUUCCUCUCAAUUUUUACAGCAUAGCAGGUGCUGCUGAUGAAGCGAGCUAAGCAACCAGGCAUGCAUCUGGCCAAAAUAAACAAACGCUGGUCUGUGGA